AUGCAUUCAGAAAAGGGUGCAACGUUGACAGCCGCGGUCAAUGCCAGUGUAUGGGAACAAGGGAUUUCGACUCGACUUGUCAUGUUUCGAGACUGGGCCUGGCAAGAGAACAAUCUUACAAGCGUCUUCCUGGCAGGUCUGCAAAAACUGGACGGAAAGGCAUGCCAGGAGGUCGUGGAGAAUGUCGUCGCAUUUAAAGUGGGGUUGGACGGUGUCAGCCAGGUUCCCUACGAAGCAUUACAAACCUUUGAGUUAGCCCGAAACAAGCGAAAGCUUGGACAAACAGAACUCGAGGUUCCUGAUAGUGAGGAUGACGAGGAUUAUGGAUGGGCAGAUGAAGAUGAAGCGGCCAUGCCGGCGCCUCCGCCUCAGUGGCAAGGCAGUGAAGACCUCAUUUUGGGCCAAGACAUCGGUCAAAGCGAAGACGAAAACAGCGAACAAGAAGAGCCUGUCACUGAUGAUGAAUCGAUCAUGAAAUGA